AACAAAGGUCAACUUUCUCUGUAAAGUCUAAAAUGACAGUGUGACGUGGUUCUUUAACUGUUGGGUUAGCGCUUGUCAUUACUUUUAGUAUUGAGUUGUCCACACUACUAUAAUGUCAUCUUGGCAACAUGUGAAAGAAAAUGAAUCGACACAAGCGCAGGAAGAACUGGAGAGAAGCCGACAAAAAAUACAAACAGCUUUAAAAGCUGCAAAAGAAAGAUCAAACAAGAAUUCUAACAGCAAUGAUGACAUCGACACCAAGUUCAACCAACUUCAAAACCUCGGGAUUAAACUCCUUGAUAUUUUACGCGACUCAGGUACGGACCAACAUCCGGAUUGGAUCAACCUCACUGAGCGGAUGUGUCAGCUCCUCUCACCACUAGAGGGCUCUAUGCCAUUCAUGAGUUCAUCAGAAGAACGAGAGAUCAGGAAAAAGGAUCUUCUCACAAAACAAACUAAGAUGAUGGAACUCACUCGAAUAAUUGGAAGGAAAUUAUUGUUUGAAGGGAAACACAAUCAAGCUGUGCCUGCUGCUGUACAAUCACUCAGAUUCAGCAUUGAUGUCCAUGGUCUCAAUUCAGUCAACCUUGUUCCUUCAUAUUUAAUAUUAGCUGAAGCCAGCAUUGGCCUUGGCAAACUAUCCCAAGGAGAUGAAUAUCUUGCACAAGCUGAAUGGACUGUGUUGAAGUCACCAGAUGCCACUGCUGCUGUGAAAUCAAAGCUGUACCGAAACAUUGGAUUACUGUAUGCAGCAAAGGGAGAUUAUGACAAUGCAUUACGCAUGCUCUCUGAAGAUAUAUACCAUGCAAGUAAAGAAUGGGGUACCACAGAUAUCCAUGCAUGUGGGGGGUAUUUUCAUAUGGCCAAUGUCUUCUUCAGACAAAACAAAAUGGACGUCGCCGAUUCCCUUUAUUCACAAGUCACAGACAAUUGGUUUGACUUCCUCAAGGAAUCAGUUCAGCGUAAAAUAGCAAGCCCUGCUGCUACAGGUCUACUUGGUCCAACUGAGAAAGUGGAAUUAGAUGAUGUAGUUAUGCUAGAUGAAGCACAAGAAGCAGAAGCCAUGCAAAUGCUGAACGCUGUGCUUGACAUUCGUGAGCAGUCGCCAAAACAGAACAACCUCUCCAUUGCAAAAGUCUGCCACACACUCAGUAUGUUGUAUUUCCUGCUUAAUGACAUACAAAAGGCACAAGAACUCAGCAGCAAAGCUCAAGACGCUUCUUCCAGGUUGCCUACCAAUGUUGAAACUGUUUCCGUGCCAACUUUUUUAAAACUGUCCCAUGAGAAAAGUACUGUGCGCACGUAAUGUAUUGUUACUAUGUACAAGCUACACCAGAUUGUUGUAUAAAUUGUACUAAUAUAAUUUUUUGACCUUUCAUUCAAUAUUCCAACACAGUCUGUUGGUGAUUAUAUUUAUUGCAAAUGAACAGCAAUAACAAACAACACAAUGUCAGUUAUAAUAAAUAUAUAGCGUGCUUCUUCAAUGGGGGCUACAUGUGCUUUUCUUGUAAAAUAAACUUCUUCUUUCAACGGGA